CAUUUCAAAACGUGUAUUCACUGUUUUACAGAGUUUCUACAUAAUCUGAUAUUAUAUUUCCUCAAGUAUAAAUCAAAUUACAGAUGUCGAGCGCGCGAUCUAUUCCCGAUUGUACCUUAUAAAACGUACACAACAUUUAUUUUUCUCUCGUUCAAACCUUUUUUAAGAAGAAAAACGUAUUUCCUGAAAUUCAUGAAAUUGCUUCAGAGGCUGAGUCCUAUCGGAUUCCCCAAUUACGCGCGAAGUGACGUCAGACACUGCAAAACACAUUUUCCAAAAUGGCGUCACUGGAUGCGGAAAGUGGUUCAUCGUAUCUUGUGAAGUUUCAAAAAGAAGCAUUGUGGCAAAGUACUUCAUGAAAGAUGUCAAAGAAAUGCGUGGCGUCUACGUGUUGAAGGAUAAGAUGGAUACACUGAUGAGUUGUAUGUGUGUGCUGAGGAGUAAAACUUAAGAAAAACAAGAAUGGGACAUGUUCAGUCCAAAAAGAAAAAAACAAAGAAAGUCGGUGAUGUAAAUUACAGUACACAGGGGAUGCUCACAGGAGACACGGACUCGUUACAUCAAAUCAAGUUCAAUCGCUUGUCUGCAGAUAUAGAACGCCUUUCUCUCAGCAGUGGAUAUCACUCCCGCGAUUCUUUGUUGGGGCCAGACUUCAAACAAAAAACCAUGUCGUUAAAUCGUAAUAACAAUGUCACAAAGGACUUAAAUCUCAUGAAGGAUUCAUUUAGCUAUGAAAAGUUAAAUGUGGACGACCAUCCAGCGUUAACUAAGUUACAAAACGAUCAAAACAGACGUUUAGAAAAAAUGGAGGAACGGAUGUCACAGAUUCGGUUACAUGCUAUGCAAGAAGCAGAACGUAGAAAAUAUGCUCAUUUGUUUAAGGCAAAAAAGAAAGAAAGUCCCACUCGAGAACUUUUAUGUAAGGCUAAGGAUAAACUCAAGUUAACUACCUGUGAUACUUCCUUGGAUAUUACUACCAAAAACACCUCGCCCAAUGAAGAGGUGGACAAAGGGGAGAUAAUUCCUGUGACUGUAGCCACAGAGACUCAGUUAGUCGAUAGGGAAGAGGUUGAUCCGCCAAACUAUUUACAGAAUCUCCCUGCACUAGGUGCUGUUAAUCUUAAUGACCCCAAAUCAAUAUUUUUCCUGCCCUUUUUAUUUCCAAUAUUCAUCUUCAUGAUCCUUGUACGGAGCGUUUCACAAUCUGAUGUGUGGCAGAGAACUGGCCACACACCUACUCGACAGAAGAAGAGGAACUAAAAUACUCAGAUAUAUACUCACCAGUCCCAAAGGUCAUCAAUAUAUAUACUCAAGGUCAUCAAUCAAGGUCACAACUGAAGGUCAUCGCUUAUUUGUUGCAUUAAUUCAUCAUCAAUGAUUCUAUAUGAAUGUCAAUGUGUAUGUUGUGAUAAUGACCUCUCAUGAAGGUCAUUUCAAAUUUAGGGUCAAGGUCAUCACUGAGUGUCCGUGAGUUCUUAAUGUCGUCACUCAUCCUUGACCCUUAAAUUACUAUUCAAUUAUAUACUCAUUGACCUUUGACAGAUCAUCAACAUAUUCUAUGACCUAAAUAUCAAGGUCAUCUAACAGUGAUCUCUAUAUAUAUGCAUCUACAAACAAUCCUUGAAAUACAAUGUACAUAAGAUUUCAAAAUACAUAAGAUUUUAUGUUGCAAGGACCCACAUGUUUUCAUUAGUUUUUUCUCCUGCUCAGUUCUGAAAACAACUGUUUUGUGUUUUAAAUUUACCACAUUGAUGCCAGUUAAUGAAUCUACACAAGUGUUUUCUUGCCAGAGUGAUUUUUAUUCAUGUCAUUGUAUUUGUGCCAUAUAUUCACAAAGAAGCGACGACUGAAUUAUUAUACAUUUAAUUAUAAAUGUCAUGAUGUAUGUCACCGAGAAUUCAUUUUUAAUAAUACACAAUAUUUGAUUUAAUAUAGAAAGAGAUUAUGGAUUACAAAAGUUUUCCUUACAUUUGUAUCAUUUUACUAGAGAUGUUUCUUUUUGAAUUCGAGCUAAAUUUUUCAAAAUCGUUUUAGACCACUUAAGGGUUUUUUUCCCUUCAGUUUAAAUUUUCUAUAGAAUUUUUCAAAAAAUUAUUCAACGUUUAAAGAUUUUACAGUUAAGUCAUAUGAAUUUUUAUUAAAUAAAUGAAAUUUAGGCUACCAGGCAGUACGUGUUGAUGGUAUGGUGAUCAAUUCAACAAAUCCAGGGGUUCAAAUUGGUAAUACAGGUUACAAUGUAGGUAUUUUUUUACAACAAGUUUUGGCAAGCACACAGUCAGUGCAACUGUGUGUUCUACUGGUAUUACAGUAGCUUAUUCUGGCAAUCACAAUGUCAGGUUCAUAUAACUGUCAUCAGAUUGGUGUUGACAUAUUAACGACUUGCAGCGUUAAUCAAAUGUUCUAUUCUGUCUUUGCGUGUUGCAGAGUUAUCUUCUCUUGUGAGCAGGUAUUGAUUGUUACGGCAUUGG